CGGCUGGAUAGCUAACCAUUGAGCUGUGGGCGCUGUGUGGAGCUGUGGAAGAGUUGUGAAUUUUAAGACGGUCGUGUUUCUAGCGGAGGAGCUGUGAAUAACAGGAUUUCCCCCACCACGGACGACCGAAUGAAGAUGUUGCUGGUCUUCUGAGACAGGGACGGCGCUAGUUCCAGAGCUGUUCCGCCAGGCGGCGCACUAGUAGCCACCAUGGGCUCGGCAGUACCGUCGCCGGCGGCGACUGCCAGUGGCAGCGCGCCGCGGUCAGCGGGACCGCCGCACGAGGACGCCAUGCUGGCCGAGGAGCGCGAUCUCGCUGACGAUGCCCAGUGGAAGCGUAUCCAGCAGAACACCUUCACCCGCUGGGCCAACGAGCACCUGAAGCCGCGCAACCGUCGGAUCAACUCGCUGGAGACGGACCUGCAGGAUGGACUCAACCUGAUCGCGCUGAUCGAGGAGCUCAGUGGAAAGCGAAUGCCGCGGCACAGCCGGCAGCCCACGUUCCGCUCGCAGAAACUGGAGAAUGUGUCCGUGGCGCUGCGAUUCCUCGAGAGGGACGAACACAUCAAGAUCGUCAACAUCGAUUCGACCCACAUAGUGGACUGUCAGCUGAAGCUGAUCCUGGGUCUGAUAUGGACGCUGAUCCUGCACUACAGCAUCUCCAUCCCUAUGUGGGAGGGCGACAACGGUCUGGACGAGGCCGACGAUCGGCCCGAGCCCGCGCCCAGAGUCAGGCUGAUGAACUGGGUCGGCUCCAAGAUGCCCGGUCUGCCUGUGAAAAACUUCACCUCAGACUGGAGAGACGGAAAGGCGAUCGGCGCUCUGGUGGACGGCGUGGCACCAGGUCUGUGUCCCGACUGGUCCAACUGGAGGUCAGAGGACGCCCUGAGGAACGCCUCCGAAGCCAUGGGCCUGGCCGACGACUGGCUCAACGUGCCGCAGCUGAUCCGGCCGGAGGACAUGAUUAACCCGAACGUCGACGAGCUGUCGAUGAUGACGUAUCUCUCGCAGUACCCCAACGCCAAGCUGAAGCCCGGCGCGCCGCUCCGCAGCAAGACCAACCCCGACAGAGUCCGGUGCUAUGGGCCGGGCGUGGAACCCUCCGGCCCGGCGGUCAGUGUUCCCACCACCUUCACAGUGGAGACGUUCGCCGCCGGCCAGGGCAAGGUCGAGUGUGAUCUCAUCAGGCCCGACGGACGCAUCGAACCGAUUGAGACCAAGUUUUCCGGCGACGCGACAAUGACCUACCGGUGCAGCUACACGCCUAGUUGCGAGGGUCGCCACCAGGUGUCAGUGCUGUUCGCCGGCCGGCCAGUACCCCGCUCGCCCUUCCCUGUGACCGUGGAGGGUCCGGCCGGUGACCCAAACAAGGUCACCGCCUCGGGACCCGGGCUGCGGCCGACUGGAGUGGUGGCCGGCAAACCGACCUACUUCGACCUCUUCACCAAAGACGCCGGCCGCGGCUCGCCAGAGGUCAUGGUGCUGGACUCACAGGGGAAGAGCCUGCCGCCCUCGCAGCUGAGCCUGCGACCGGUCGCCGACGGUCGGUGGCGGUGCGACUUCACCGCCCCUCAGUCCGGCCUUCACUCAGUCAACGUGCUGUUCGACCGGCGGCCCAUCGCCGGCAGCCCGUUCCCGGUCAAAGUUGGGCCAGCCUGCGACCCGCGCCGUGUCCGUGUCACGGGCAGAGGUCUGCAGUCGCACGGAGUCCGUGUCGGUGACACGGCUGACGUGCGGGUCUGGACCGACGGCGCGGGUGACGGCCAGCCGCAGCUGAGGGUCGUCGCACCAGGCGGAACGACGGAUACUGUGCCGCUGAGGAAGGUAGCCGACAGCGUGUAUGAGGGCGAGUUUUAUCCGACUCGCGAGGGACGUUACAUCGCAAUGAUUUCCUAUGGCGGACAGGAGAUCCCCAAGUCGCCAUUUGAGGUCAACGUCGGUCCUAUGAAGGAAUCCGCAAUUAACUGCUUCGGGCCGGGCCUGCGAGGUGGCGUUGCGGGCGCUCCAGCUGUCUUCACCGUGGACACUGGCGGCGAGACGGGCGCUCUUGGGUUCAGCAUCGAGGGUCCCUCCCAGGCGGCCAUUCAGUGCCGAGACAACGGCGACGGCUCGGCUGAUGUGAGCUACUUUCCGACGGCGCCCGGCGAGUACGCCGUGCACGUGCUCUGCGAGGGAGAGGACAUACCCCAGUCGCCGUGGAUGGCGCGGAUCUCGCCGCCCGUUCAUGGAGACCCGACCAAGGUGAAGGUGACCGGUGUUCAGUCGGAGGGGGUCACCGCUGGCCAGCCGUCACAAUUCAGUAUCGACACACGACAGGCGGGCGGGGCGCCGCCUCAACUGACCAUAAUGGAUGAGCAGUUCCAGACAGUGCCGGCACGGCUCACAGAGAAAACGCCGGGUGUGUUCCGUGCCGACUUCACCCCCAACAUCGGCGGAAAACAGACCAUCCAGGUAGAAUACUCUGGUGUGGCGGUGCCCGGCUCUCCGUUCCGAGUUCAGGCCGCCGACCGGCUGGACGCCAGCAUGGUGCGGCUGUUCGGACCUGCCCUGGAGCCCGGAGUCAAGGCCCAGCUGCCCACACACUUUAACGUAGACGCCCAUGGCGCCGGACAAGGCGAGCUGCAGGCGGUGAUGCGGGAGGACCGCAGUGGUACCGAGGUACCGGUACGGAUCACCGACCACGGCGACGGUACGCUGCGUGGGGAGCUGACGUACCCGCGCCAGGGCACGUACACCCUGCACGCCCAGUUUGGCGGGAGGCCGGUGCCGCAGAGCCCUGUCCGCGUCACUGUUCAGCCCGGAGUGAACGUGUCCCAGAUCCGGGUGGAAGGACUCGAACCCACGGUGCCGCUGAUGAGUCGCCAGCAGUUCGUGGUUCGGACGCCGGCCGGUCUCAGUCCGGCCGAUCUGGCCGUUACCGUCACCUCUCCGUCUGGUGUGCGAACUCGCGCCAACAUCCGACCCACGCCGGCGGGUCUGCUGGUCGACUUUGUGCCUCUCGAGCUCGGCCUGUACUGGCUGGGAGUUCGGCUGGCCGGCGCAGAGCUCACUGGUCGACGGGUGGCCUGUGUGCCGGCGGCGGCGCGCAGUGUGCGGGUGCACGGACCCGGGCUGACGGGAGGCGGCGUCCGACAGCCACAGAGGUUCGUCAUCGAUACCCGCGGCGCCGGGCAGGGCGGUCUCGGUGUCACCGUCGAGGGACCCUGCGAGGCGGCCAUCAACUGUCGAGAUAACGGCGACGGUACCUGUGAUGUGGCCUACCUUCCGACGGCGCCCGGUCUCUACCUCGUCAACGUCUGCUUCAACGACGAACAUGUGCCCGGCUCACCGUUCCGCGCCACCGUCCAUCCGGAGCACGCCUCGCCGGCGCCGGUCCGAGAGCACGUCCGAGAGCACGCCGAGCACGUCCGAGAGCACGCCGAGCACGUCCGGGGGCACGCUGAGCACGUCCGCCACGCCGAGAGGAACGUGCACGCCCAGCACGGCCACGACGCGCGGAGCGGCGCGGCGCGGCCGGACGGACGUCGCCAGCGCGCCGGCCGUGGUCUGGAGGACGUGCGAACCACGGGAUACGGAGUCCAUCCUUACGGUGUCUUCGUCGACUCGCCGGCUGACGUAACGCUGGACGCGCGCAGUGUGGCCGGCUGUGAGGAGGGACGGGUCACCUGCCUCAUCACCAACCCCUCGGGCGACACGACGCCCUCCUAUGUGGAGUCGGGCCGGGAUGGAACGUUCCAGAUCUCCUACACGCCGUUCGAGGAGGGUCGCCAUGAGAUCGAGAUCGCCUAUAACGGUGUCCAGGUGCCGGGCUCGCCGUUCUUUGUGCACGUUCGACGAGGCUGUGAGCCCAGCCGGGUGACUGCCACGGGGCCGGGCCUGCGAGCAGCGACCGUCAACAAACCCAACUCGUUCACGGUCAACACCAGAGGAGCGGGCACGGGCGGCCUGGGUCUGGCCAUUGAGGGCCCCUCCGAGGCCAAGAUGUCCUGUGUGGACAACCUGGACGGCUCGUGCCUGGUCCAGUACAUCCCCACCGAGCCCGGAGAGUACGACGUCAACAUAAAGUUCGCCGAGCAACACAUUCCUGGGUCACCCUUCAAGGUGCCGGUGGUGUGUGAGGUGGACGCCGGCGCCGUCAUCGCGCACGGCCCGGGCGUCACAGCCGACAGCUGCCGCGCUAACGUACCCAUGUCGUUCACUGUGGACGCCACGCGGUCGGCGCCGGCCGAGCUGCGGGUCGACGUGCGCAGCGACAGGGGCCCUCUGCCUCGCCGGCCAUCGGUGAAGGAUAAUCGGGACGGCACUUACGAGGUGACGUACGAGCCGCCGCCAGAGGGCAGCAUCUGCAUCCCGCGGGUCACCUGGGGCGGAGUUGACAUCCCCGGCAGUCCGUGGCGUCUGCCGGUUCGGCCCACCUGUGAGCCGUUCCGGGUACGUCUCUCCGGGCCGGGGGUAUCCGGUCGCGGCCUGCCCGCCUCCCUGCCCACCCAGUUCACCAUAGACACCAGGCAGGCCGGCUUCGGCGACCUCGAGGCGCAGGUCAUGGGUCCUGACCAGCAGCCGCGCACGGUGGAGAUCAUUGAUAACGAGGACGGCACGUUCACGGGAUGGUACACGCCGGACGACUGCGGCCAGUACCGGGUGGCCGUCCGGUACGGCGGUAGACCGGUAGCCACCGCCGCCGUGCCCGUCCAGGUUGUGCCCAGUGGACAGGCGGACCGGUGCCGGGUGGAGCAGGGCGACCUCCGGGACCAGGUGAUCAGCGUCGGAGAGGAGCAGUGUAUCACCGUCGACGCCAAACGCGCCGGAACCGGAAACAUCACGUGCCGGGUCCGCUCCGCAUCCGGAUCCAGCUGCGCAGAUGUGGAUGUCGAGGACAACAGAGACGGCACCUACAAGGUGUACUUUCGGGUGGACAAGCCCGGAGAAUAUGUGCUCAAUAUUAAGUUUGGCGGGGAGACCAUUCCAGACGGACUGUACACAUUCACGGCGCAGGCCGAGGUACCGGUGACUGCCUCUCGGACCCAGCAACUGAAUGCGUACAACUCUCUGCGCUCGCCAGUUCCUGAACAGCGCAGCUUCCGACCAGUAGAGCUCAGUGGCAUCCCUCUGCCCUCGUCAGGAGGACGUGUUACAGCCGAAGUCGUGAUGCCGAGCGGCAAUAAGGACGCCGUGGUGGUGCAGGACAACCGCGACGGAACCGUCUCCGUCAAAUACGAGCCCAAGGAGGAGGGCGUCCACGAACUCAAUGUCAAGUACAAUGGCGAGCAUGUGCAAGGCUCUCCGUUCAAGUUCCACGUCGACUCCAUCUCCAGCGGCUACGUGACCGCCUACGGACCGGGCCUGAUCUAUGGCAUCACCGGCGAGCCGGCCAACUUUACCGUGUCGACCAAGGAUGCCGGCUCAGGUAGCGCCACCAGCCGCGGCGGCCUGGCGCUGGCCGUGGAGGGGCCCAGCAAGACGGACAUCAACUGCCACGAUAACAAGGACGGCACCGUGUCCGUCAGCUACCUGCCCACCUCGCCCGGCAUCUACCACGUCUCCGUCAAGUUCGCCGACAAGGACAUCAAGGGCAGCCCGUUCCCGGUCAAGGUCACAGGCGAGGGCCGCAAGCGUAACCAGGUCUCGAUGGGAGGUCAGUCGGAGGUCACGCUGCCCGGAAAGGUGACGGAGAAGGACAUCAAACUGCUGAACGCCCUAAUCACCGCGCCCUCCGGUCUCGAGGAGCCCUGCUUCCUCAAGAAACUCGACAAGGACCAACUGGGCAUUUCGUUCACGCCUCGCGAGAUCGGCCAGCACCUGGUGGCCGUGAAGAAGAAGGGCACUGAGAUCGCCGGAUCGCCGUUCAAGAUCAUGGUCAGCCCGCACGACGUCGGUGACGCCCUGAAGGUGAAGGUGGAGGGCAGCGCUCUCACCUCCGGAAAGACGCAUCAGCAAAACAAGUUCACCAUCGACACCAAGUCGGCAGGCUACGGCGGUGUGUCCCUCUCCAUGGAGGGACCCAGCAAGGCCGAGAUCAAGUGCGACGACAAGGGAGACGGCAAGCUGGAGGUCUCCUACAACCCCAAGGAGCCCGGCUUCUACAUCAUCAACCUCAAGUUCGCCGACCACCACGUCAAGGGCUCGCCAUUCACCUGCAAGGUGACCGGCGAGGGCUCCAACACCCAGACGGAGCGCAUCAAGCGGGACCGCGCCGCCGCUCCCCUCACCGCUGUCGGCACUGACUGUGCGCUCACCUUCAAAAUGCCGGGCGUCUCGGCACUCGAGCUCUCCGCCUCUGUCGCCUCGCCGGGCGGUGUGGUCGAGGAUGCGUCCAUCUCGGAGCUGGAGGACAGCCUGCAUGCGGUGAAGUUUGUGCCCAAGGAGCUGGGCGUCCACACGGUGUCGGUGCGCUACAGGGAUGUGCACAUCCCCGGGUCGCCGUUCCAGUUCACUGUUGGACCACUCAAGGACGGCGGUGCGCACCGUGUCCACGCCGGCGGUCCCGGCCUGGAGCGGGGUGAGCAGGGCUGUCCUUGCGAGUUCAACGUGUGGACCCGAGAGGCCGGCGCCGGCUCCCUCGCCGUCAGUGUGGAGGGUCCCAGCAAGGCCGAGAUCGACUUCAAGGACCGUCAGGACGGCUCGUGCUACAUCAGCUACGUCGUCUCCGAGCCAGGCGAGUACCGUGUGGGUAUCAAGUUCAACGACUCGCACAUCCCCGACUCUCCCUACAAGGUGUUUGUGUCCCCGGCCAACAAGGACGCGCACAAGGUCACCGUGGGUCAGCUGCCCGACGCCGGAGUGCAGGUCGACAAGCCUAUCAUCUUCACUGUGGACCGCACCGGCUGCAAGGGCCAGAUGGACUGCAAGGUGGUCAAUCCCAGCGGUCACGAGGACGACUGCUUCAUCACCUACCUGGACGACGACACUUACUCGGUCCGAUUCCUGCCCAAGGAGAACGGUAUUCACCAGCUCCACGUCAAGUGGAACAGCGUGCACGUGCCGGGCUCGCCGUUCCGGCUGAAGAUCGGCAGGCAGGACGCCGACCCGGCCGCCGUGCACGCCCACGGAAAGGGUCUGGAGAAGGGCCACACGGGCCACAAGUCGGACUUUAUCAUCGACACGUGCAGCGCCGGCGCCGGUACCCUGGGCGUUACCAUCGACGGACCUUCCAAGGUGGCCAUGGACUGUACCGAGGUCGAUGAGGGCUACAAGGUGCGCUACACCCCGCUCAACCCCGGCCACUAUUACGUGGCCAUCAAGUACGACGGCUAUCACAUCGUCGGCUCGCCCUUCAAGGUCGAGGUCACCGGCGAUGAGCUGGCCGAGAUGGGACCCAAGGAGCAGUCCACAGUGGUGGUGGAGACCAUCGCCAAACAGCGAAAGGGACAGCAGGAGAAACACGUCGUCUCGCUGCCCAAGUUCGACUCAGACGCCUCCAAAGUGCAGUCCAAGGGCAUGGGCCUGAAGAAGGCAUACCUGAACCGUCAGAACCAGUUCCAGAUUGAUGCCGGUACCGCAGGUCAGGAUAUUCUGUGGGUGGGCUGUUUCGGUCCCAAGAACCCGUGCGAGGAGGUUCACAUCAAGCACAUGGGCCGUAAUCAGUACCAGGUGCACUACACGGUCAAGGAGCGCGGCAAGCACAUUCUGGCCGUCCGCUGGGGCGCCGACAACAUCCCCGGAUCGCCGUUCGAGAUCGAGGUGUAGGCGGGGCGCUCCAUGCCCGCGCCAGUCCGGUGCCUUUCCCGUGCCUUGGUGCGUGCGUGACCGCCGCACAGAUCUGAGCUCGUAUCAGUGUCGGCCGUCGGGGCUGACGGCGCCGCUGGGUUGUCCCCGCUGCCCGAGUGUCGGCCAUCGCUGAACAGAGCGGCGAGCCGCUCUCUGGAGAGGCGGUCCGCGCUCAGCGCCCUCUGCCGGCGGCCUGUACCAGCUCGUGUUCAUAGAGUGCCCGCCGCGAGGUGUGGGCGCCCCGAGCCGUCUUCCGUGGCGCCCGUCGGCCGGUCGCCGGCCGCCCGCUCAGGCUAGGCGCCCCGCGUGUGUAUCUGCGUGUACCGCCCCGUGAUCCGCUAACCUGUGUAUCUCCGGCGCUCUAACCGUGUGCCAAUAGUGGGCCCAGGCGGGCCGUCCACCGCCUCCCGACUGGGGCGAGCGAACGGCGCUCGGCUGCGGCCCCUGGUGCCAACUGCCCCCUCGUGGCACCCGCUGCGCGCUGCUUGAUCCACCAUGACGAGCUCAUUUGAUAGAGGUGUGGUUAUAUAUGACGCGAAAUAAAACAAUCGACACCUA